GUUGGUGUGAGAGCUGAGGGACUCCAGGAGGCCCUUCUGAAAGUCCCAGCAGCCCCUGAGGAUGCCGACAGGAUCACCAAGAUGAAAAAUGUUUUGAAGGCUCUUUCUCAGUGGAGGGCUACUCCAUCAAGGCAGCCCCUGGCCUCCAUGUCUGUGAAACUCUUUGGACAAGAACUUGCAUUUGCUGACAUUGAUAAAGUCGUUGUUGAUCAGAUAGUUGAGCUGGCCACUGGACCUGGAAUUCACUCUAACAGCAGAAAGGUUUUGGAUGCUGUGCUGUCUGGCGUUGCACUGAGUUAUGUUAAACCAAUGCUGCUCGCUGAGCUCCGUCGCAUCCUUCCCACUACUGUUGGUCUACCCAUGGAGUUGAGUUUCUAUACUGCUGCUGUGGUUGCUGCAUCUGUUACAGCACAAGCCACCGUGACACCACCGGUACCCCAAAACUUCCAUCUUGCCCAGCUUCUGAAGUCUGAUAUCAAUGUUAGGCUUGCAGCUACUCCAAGUGCUGCCAUCCACACAUAUGCAGUUAUGGGCGUGAAUACUGCUUUCAUCCAGGCUUCUGUGAUGACAAAAGCCAGAGUUCACACAAUUGUUCCUGCAAAGAUUGAAGCAAGAUUUGACAUGACUCAGGGCAACUUCAAGUUUGACUUCCUUCCUGUUCCAGGCAUCAAUAAAUUGGCAUCUGUAAAUGUUGAGACUAUUGCUGUUGCAAGAAACGUGGAAGACCUCGCAGCUGCCAGAAUCACACCAAUGCUUCCAGUUGAUGCCGCAACACAAACAUCAAGGACAGCCCUCUCUUCAAGGAUUUCUAGGCUGGCAUCCUCUCUGGCUGGUGGCAUGUCAGGAGAAUCAUCUGAACUCAUUCCCAAUGAACUGUCAAGAAGAUUUGCACACAGGCUGAAAGCUUUCAAGAUCCGUGAGAAGAAAAUGUGUGCUACACUUGAAACCUUAGGACUCAAGGCAUGUACUGAGAUUGAAUCUCAUAAAGUGGCCUUCAUCAGGGACAACCCACUCUACACCUUAAUUGGAAGACAUAAUGUCUCGGUUGAAAUUGCUCCAGCUGCUGGACCAGGCAUCGAGAAGAUUGAACUUGAGAUUCAGGUCGGAGAUAAAGCGGCAGAAAAGAUCAUCAGAGUGAUUAACGAAAAUGAUGAGAAGGAAAUUCUGGAGGACAAAACUGUCCUGAUGAAACUACAGAGAAUCCUGGUUCCUGGUCUGAAAAACAGCACCUCCAGUUCUCGUUCUAGCAGCUCCCGUUCAAGCACAUCCUCUGUGUCAUCCAAGUCUUCUUCCAGUUCCUCCUCUCGCCACAGUAAAGGUGAUGCUGUUGCCGCCAGCAGCAAAAGCUCCAGCAGCAGCUCCAGCAGCUCCA